AACAUUCCAAGGCGCUUCAACUCGUACUUAGUCGGGUAUGUAAACCACACCAGUGUCGACGCGUGCGUGGAGGGCUCCGAUCCAGCCGAAGGCAGUGUGCGAAAGGCCAGAGAAGAAACGCUUGGGCAGCUCCAAACUAAGACCGCACCGUUAGUCUGCUAUCUCCGGCAUCUCCUACACUCUAUCAACUAACUAUGAGUCCUGUCAAGACGUGCGUUGUGCUGACCUCCUCGAUGGUCUCGAUCGCCGAGCAAAAGUACGAGAUCGGCCACCUGAAGCAAUUGCUGGAUGGCAACAAGAUCACGUAUACGGAGGUGGACUGCAGCCUCGAGGAGAACCGCGACACACGCAACCGCUACUUUGAGGUCAGCGGCAUCCGUGCCAACUACCCGCAGGUCUUUCUACAGGACCCAGAGGGCAAGGACAUCCAGUACAUUGGCUCUUUCAAGGAGAUUCAGGAACUCAACGAGAUGAACGACGUGCCACCCGAGAUCCUUAAGGCCAACAACAUCCCGACGCUCAACACCGUUUUCGCGGGUACAGCUCUCCAUCCUCUGCUUCAUAGAGUGAAUGCUGUUUUUCGCUCUUUUUUCUAAUGAUCGUGUUGUGCUGUUGCUUUGCAUGCAGACGUCGCAAGACGAGCUUGACUCAAGUCCUCGACUGCAGAGUCGAACCCAUGAGGAUAGCAGCGAAGGAUGGAGCGCCACAUUGCACUGGCAGGCUGACUGGUUGUCUCUCUAUACAAAGGAAAAAAAAAUCUAACUCGACCGACUCUGCUUCUCUAUAGAGCCAGCAAGCCGCUACACAAGUUUUUAAUGCAAAAAGCAAUCCGCACUUGCGCUGCAUCGCGCCAUCUACUACAUGUAUUACCAUGAAGAAGAAGAAGAAGAAGCCAAUAGAUCAACUCACACCUACUUUUUUUCGUGUCACCUCGAGCCACUGCGCUGCAUUGUUUAGCUAAUGCGCACGUGUUAGUAAUGUUGAGGAAAUAAGCAAGCAUGGACGACGCCGUGACGUGGAAGAUGAAGCAUACCGGGACGUAGUCUUCGCUCACCCUGAGUCAGAACUGACUGCAACGCAUCAUAAGUUUCUCAUGGGUAAUAUUUGCUUUUAUGAUACACGA